AACAGUCAAGCUAGUCUCAGUUGGGCAGAGCUACGGGCACAUGGCCAUCUGUCUAUUCUCUGAAUACAGCUGACAACAAAGGAGGGCAAUUCUUCAUUACUGGACCAUACAGCCCCUGGACACUCACACACUCACUCACAUUGUUGGAGAAACAAGGCAAACAAGAGGAGAAAAGCAACUGACUGAUACCAACCUCCUGCCUCAAUCAGUCUAGCAGUUCGUCAAGAGUAAAAUGGCGACAGAGAGAGAGGUCUGCUUAAUUCAUAUCUCAUAGAGCCUGUCUGUCCAAGAUUGUAAAGUGCCCAGAUCAUCAAGAAGUAUGAAUGAGAAAGAGGUUGCUUUGUGGUCUGACGGAGGGCUAAAUGUCACCCUCACGAUCCGCCUACUAAUGCAUGGAAAGGAAGUGGGCAGCAUCAUUGGGAAGAAAGGGGAAACUGUCAAGAAAAUGAGAGAAGAGAGUGGAGCGCGAAUUAAUAUAUCCGAUGGCUCCAGCACAGAACGCAUCGUCACCAUCACUGGUGCCUCUGAGGUCAUCUUCAAAGCUUUUGCCAUGAUUGCGGAGAAGUUUGAGGAGGAUAUACUGGCCUGCAUGGUGAACAGCACAGUGGCAAGCAGACCGCCUGUCACGCUGCGCCUUGUGUUUCCUGCCAGUCAGUGUGGCUCACUUAUCGGCAAAGGAGGCUCCAAAAUCAAAGAGAUCAGAGAGACCACAGGUGCACAGGUGCAGGUAGCUGGAGACUUAUUGCCGGAAUCUACUGAAAGAGCAGUGACCAUCUCUGGCACCCCCAAUGCCAUCACGCAGUGUGUGAGACACAUCUGCACCAUCAUGUUGGAGUCACCGCCUAAAGGAGCAACAAUACCAUAUCGGCCCAAGCCAUCCUCUGGUGGCAAUUCCACAGUUUUAUCCCAACAACACAUAGCUCCUACUUUUGCCGUUCCAGCACAGUACACCAUUCCUCCCCAAGACUUGACCAAGCUUCACCAGUUGGCUAUGCAGCAUAUCCCCUUUACCUCCCUUGGGCAGAGCAACCCCACCUUCCCUGGUCUGGAUAUGUCAGUAUCACCAAGUACUCAUGAGCUGAGCAUACCUAAUGAGCUCAUAGGCUGCAUUAUUGGCAGACAAGGCGCUAAAAUCAAUGAAAUUCGCCAGAUGUCCGGAGCCCAAAUCAAGAUAGCCAGUGCCACAGAUGGCUCAGCAGUACGUCAUGUCACCAUUACUGGCUCCCCAGCCAGCAUCUGCCUGGCCCAAUACCUCAUCAGUGCCAGUUUAGAGAUGGCUAAACUCAGCAUCCAGGCUGCCUCUUCUUCCUCCAGCACUACCGUUGACCUCGGCCUGAGUUUCUCCCAGUCUGCCUCUCCUGCCUCUGUGUCUGCAGCUAUGCUGGCUGCUCCCUCGGCCAUUAAUGUCCACUCACCCCCGACCAUCCCUACUACCCACUAUGCUCUUCCAGUCUCCAGCCUGCUUGGCAUGAAAACUGUGCCUGUGCUGGCUGUGCACACUGCUGCCUCACCGGGUCUCGCACCCUACACCACAAAAAUCCCUGCCUCAACCAGCAUCAAAAAAUCUGAGCAUCAAAGGUUUGCCCCCUACUGAUCACCACUGACAAUCUUUCAUUUACAUGCUAUGUUUUCUGAGGCAUCUUUGGCAACUUUGGAGAUUUUGCCCUCUUUUGUGCAUUUCUGAACAGUACUAUGCAAAUGAACAGGACAUAAAUGACAUGCAUUUCACACUGCACUUCCUUUGGCAUUUCAUUAAGAAAUGUUUCAAUUAGUGAAAUCAAGCCAUAUUUUUUCUGACAUUCCCCCUCUUUUUAUAAUCAUAACCAAUGUAAUUAUAGUUACAGAAUGUUGGUUUUAAAGAUAGUCAGUUCCAUGCAGUUUUCAUUUAUGCAUAUAUACUUCCUGCCAAAAGAAGGGUUAAAUUAUUGGGCUGCCACUGGCAAAGAAAACAACUAAGGAGAUUUGAAGUUAUUAGAACUGGGUUAAGAAUCCUUCAACACAUUAUCAAAACCUGGAAGGAUAUUGUUGGACUUUCAACCUUGUGGUCAGAAAAGAAUCCUUAAUAGAGAUCACUUAAACACUUGAUGAAGUUGCAUGGUAAAAAACAAAAUCAACAGUGAAAAACAUAUCUAUAUUCAUAGUGCAAGUAAAAGCAUUUCCAUACACAGUGUGAACUCACAGGAUUAGUACUAAACAUUUAUGUGGCAAUAAGUAAACCACUGGUUAGGGAGACUAAUCAGAAAAAGUAUCCACUUUGCUAUGAACCAUAAAACAUUGGACUUUGGAGCUUUAAUUGGAAUUGUAAAAGGUCAUGCUUUUUGAUGUGUUCAGAUUGACCAUAUCCCAUAGUGAUGGGUGCAUCAGGGUAAGUAGGGAAGCAAGUGAAGUGAUACAGUCAUGCAUAGUGGCCAAUGUACAAGCCUCUGCGGGCAAUGAUAUGAUCUGUCGUCGCUUCAGUUGGUCCAAUCUAGGCUCAUCAAUGGUAUAGAAUUCAGCUGAUGACCUGAAUGUACUGAAUGAGCAGUUUAUCAAUAGAGUUGUUCUUCCCUGACGGCACAGGCAUAUUCCAGUACUUAAAUUGUGAACGAACUGGCCACUACUGUGUGUGCUGUAAUCAAAUCUAAAGAUGAUUGAAUAAAAUCUUAGAGCAUGUGACUUUUUUGCCCAGGCAGUGUACAUGAUCUUUUUAAACCAAUUCUUUUCUUUUUUUUUUUACUUAGUCUCAAAUAGUCAGAUUUAGUCUCUUGUAUUAAAUGUAUCAUCUGUGCGAAUUGUUUAAAAAACACAAUGUACAUUUGAAUUAAUAAAAAAAAAUAUUAGUCCCAUACUGUAGUAUGUAACUAUGCAACAUAUUUAUGGCUGUGGUGACGUGAGGAAGUAAGCUCUAUUGGCUUUGUGACUUGUACAGUACAUGGUAUUAUGGUUAUUUGUUAUUUUAUUGUUUAUUUUCUUUAUGCUUCUGUUGUUUUCAGUUAAAUGUAAACUCUUAGUUUUUCACCAAGGCUGUAAUGGAGCAGAGGUGGUAUGCAUCACUGGCAGAAAACGGGUAAUAUUUGUGUUCUAAGUAUUAUGAACCGUAGCAAUUUGCUGUAGUCCUUUGGUCCCGAUGGUGUACUUUUUUCUUUGGCUUUAUGUAGUAGUAGCUAGCCUGGGGCUUCUUUAGUCAUGUUGAAAUGCAGCAGCAUCUCAUUUUUCCUCUGAACUACUCCAAAGCCAUGCAUGAGUUUUUAGUAUUAUUCAUUAUAUGUAAAUUGACAAAAUGUAAUCUUUACUAAAGAACAAAAAUUGUACACAUUACUAAACUUUACUGAAAAAAAUAACUAUGACUAGUCUAUUUAUUGUUUUAUGUAUUUUCAUAAUCUCUAUUUGAUGUUUUUUAUGUGUUAGUUUUUUUUAUAAAAUUCCCCACCUAUUGCUUACUGUAUACAGUAAAUGUAGCACUAAACAAUGUGAAAAAUGUUAAAAACACAAUAUCAGUGCAGUACCUCAGACGUCC